AUCAACUUCCCGCCAAAAAUCCCGGGUAAAAAAUGGGUCUAAAGCGGGUUACAAUCAUCCCUCGCAAGCUCAUAGCUCUUUCUUGUUCGCCGCAUCAACUCUGGUCCGAAGCUUCUUCUUCUUCUUCUGUAAUUCGUCGGGAAUAUCCGCUCCAGAUCUGCCCAUCUUCCCCAUCUUCAUUGACGGACCUGCGACUCCUGUUCUCGUGAUUUCGAGAAAUUUCGACAAGCGAACCCUAGGAUGUGCCUUGUUUCCGGUAGGGCUAGUUCAAUACUUCAAAGUCCACUCCAGAAAAGACAACUUCAUAAUUUGAUAGUCCUUAGAUGUACUAGUCGAUGAGCUUCUUCUUUCUUCCAACAAGGGCAACUCGUAACAGUUAAGAGCUGGCAUUGAGCUCAGCUGCAAGUACAGUAACCACUAAUGGCGGAAGAACACCGAGAAGAGCACAGCAGUGAAGAGACAGCCCGCCUGCAAAUUCCCACAGGAAAGGUGAAGAAGAUCAUGAAGCUCGACAAGGAUGUCAAGAAGGUCAAUCCAGAAGCUCUGUUUCUCAUCUCCACAUCCACUGAGCUCUUCCUCAAACUCCUUGCUGAGAAAUGUGCCGAAGUCGCAGUCCAGAAGAAGAGGAAAACAGUCAAUCUAGAGAUCUUAGUGGCUGGCGUGAAAAGGCACCGGCCCACCACUGGUUUUCUCCUAGACUCUCUGCCGCAGCCUUCUGAACCAGCCCACAAACCAACGAAAGGAAGCCGCAAUCGCUCCAAAGAUAAGCCAGUCUCUGCAGGGACUCGAAAAAUCGAUGCUUUCUUUCUGAAAUGUACUUAGGGGUUAUUGGUUGAUGUUGCAAGAACUGUUUUGAGGAUGUUUGAAUAUGAAAUUAAAGAGAAAUUUCAAUCAAUUUGUUUUUGAGAAAAUCACAUAUAUGUAUGAUUAGAAGGCAGAGGGUGACUGGUCGAAAUCAAUGGUUGUGGCUUCUACUCUGGACUGAGGAUCCGUUGAAGCAAAUCGGUACGCGAAGUCAUUUAAAAUGUCAAGCACACUCAAAGAAUGCAACUGAAACCCAUACUUCUGGGGGCAUGUGAGUAUCAAGAAAAGAUUGAUCCAUUG